UCUAUUUUUAUUUGCGUACCUUUACCCCAAUGCACGCGCGGCUGCAACUUGGCGUUUUUUCACACGCCAAGUUGCUUUACCCCGGAGGUCUCCGCCGCAGGUGCUUCUUUGCACACGAUCUUCUUCUCCGGCGUUUUUUCCACCAAGACACGGAUCCACCGAACAAGCUCAAGCUCAGGCCCUAUCAAACACCGAUACAGCUCUAUUUCUAUGUCUGAGUAACGCUAUUCGUGGUGCGAGAAGGCUACCAAACAAAUUUUUAUUUAUGCGAUGCGGGAUUGUUACAUGGCUAGAGUUAAUAAUGGUGCGGGCCAAGCCAGCCUCUUCCAAGAAACAAAAACGUGGAGUGGAUUUCAAAAAAAUAAGGCAUAAGAUUGGACGAAAGUUGCCACCGCCAAAGAAUGCGACCAUUGUGCAGAUUAAAUCUAAAGCCAUUGUGCUUCCUCAGCAGAGUAUUGCAUCAGAGAAAGAAGGGCUUGCUGUGAACAAGAAAGGCCUGACACUAAGAGAGCUCCUUCAGCAGACAUCCCACCACAAUGCUAAGAUAAGGAGAGCUGCACUUUUUGGUAUAAAGGACCUCAUUCUAAAGUAUCCAUUGGAGCUUAAACUUCACAAGCAUGCCAUUAUAGAGAUACUUCGUGUACGUAUAUGUGACAAUGACAAGAUGGUCCGUAACACAUUAUAUCACCUCUUAAAAAGUGUCAUAUUUCCUUCAUCAAAAGAGGAUAUAACAGCACCUGUAAUCUCUUUACUAAUGGCUUACAUCUUUAAUGCGAUGACACUUAUGACAGUUGACAUUAGGCUAAUGGCUUUCAAGUUUUUUAAACUUCUUGCCUUGAACUAUCCAUCUUCCUUCAUGUUGUAUGCUGAAAAGGUUCUUGAUAAUUACAUUGAUAUCCUCAGAAACAACCAAAUAUACCUAGUUGAGAAGAACAAGCUCAUCAAUGUUCUUGCUGGGCUUGCUCACUGCCUAUCUUUGAUAGCUAACAAAGGUCAACGUGAUGAUAGAUUGAACAAUCAGAAUCAGGAAAAAUUUCAGCGAAGAGUUUUACAUGCCUACAAGCUAGAGGUACAUGAAGAUCAUGCUGGAAUUGAUUCUUUGUACGUGAAACUUGAAGAACUUGUUCCAGUACUUAUAAAUUGUUUUUUGGAGUCGAUUUCAACAACUUGUACAAUGGAUGUAAUUGAUGCUCGAUCAUUUAAUUGCAUGUUGUCUACACUUAAGUGUAUAUACCUGGCUGUUAAAUUUCUUGGGAUAGAGAAGCUUACCACUUCAGUGUUUGAUGGACGUGAUGUUGGACAGAAAAAUUUUAAUUUAUAUUAUAACAAACUUUGGGAAACAUUUCCUGUCCACCAGCUUUUUCAAUCAGCAGAAAAGGAUGAUGAUAAAUAUAUAAUUCUUGAUAUCAAGAUCGCUGAGAUAUGUUUGUGCCUAACUAAAUGGGUGAAUGGUAUUGAUUUUCUGAGUGACAAGCUUGUUGAGUUCAUCGAGUAUUUGUUGCUGGUUGGCACAAACACAUGGGAAAAAGGGACACAUAUGGAAAACCACAUUGUUUCCCUCUUACCAUUUAUACCAAGACUUCUUUCACAGAUUACUGCCAAUGGGAAGACUAGGCUUCUUGAGGCCUUUACUUGUUCUUUCAAGGAAUGCAGGGUCGAUUCUAGGCUAUUUACAGCAUAUUUGUCUGUAGUUGAAGAAUUAUUGCUUGUUACAAUCAAUACUGGCCUGCAGAUGCAUGCAUCUAGUUAUCAAGAUCAUCUAAGCCAUGAGAUUGCUUGGAUGAGAGAGCUUCCCAGGAUAUUACUGCACCUAUCUGAUGAACAUCCCUCUAACACGAUGGUGGUUUUAAAAGUCCUACUUCGAAUCGGACAAUGUUUUGUGCCAAAUUCACCUCUUGGUUUUGAGUAUGAUGCUCUGCAAUUUCUCUUGCGAGAAUUUUAUGCUAUUAGAUCUCAUUCAGGAUCAAUAAAUUAUGGCCCGUUUCUGAAGCUACCAAAUGAUUGCAAGGAACUUGCCCUUUGUUGCUUAUGCUACUUUUCAUGGCUGACUUCAGAUUUUCUUGAAUCAUUAGCCUAUUGCUGCUUAUGUAAUGAUAUGGAACCACUCAUACUGCUAAGAAUUGUUGAGGUUCUGCAGACAGCAUAUAUGUCUGGUCGUGUGCCUGUUUCUGAGUACAUGAGUUUCUUGGUAACUUUAGUUGCACGCUUUAGAGUAUCUCCUGAAAGGUUUCUUGCCAAAAUUUUUGAGGAAGAUUCAAAUCAGAAAACCUUCAAGUCCAUCACAGAUGCAGUAUUUGAAUGCCUUGAUCAGAUCGGUGACAGUUGCAUUGUCCUGAAGUUGCUUUUCAAGAACAUGUUAAAUGAGAUGUUACUAAAUCCUCCUAUGGACAAUUUCCGUGGUAUGCUCAGAAUGAUCAUUGCACUUGAUGCCAGGCUAACUAAACUUUCAGAUGAGGAUAUCGGCGACUUAAGCAAAAUCCUUUGUCGAUAUAUGGUUGAUACAGCAUCAUCUAUGUCUGAAGAUCCUGAUGUGGCUUGUCGGUUCAGUGGGAUCCCUACAUUUGAUUUUUGUCUGAAGCCCUGCAUUGUUCUGUUGAUUGCAAGCGGCAACGUCUUACCUUCUGUGUUGAAGUUACUCAAUCAGUUCAUUUCAGAAGAUUGUAUAUUGCUUCCUUCUGAAUCUGAUGAUAAAUAUGGAAUGGAUAUCUCGAGUAGAAUAAAUGCAGUGUCACGCAUCCUCAGCUUUAUGUUUAGUCAUAAGAGACUUCACAUAAAUCUUUCAAGAAAUAAAGCACACAUUGAUCAUACUCUUCUGAUCAUGCAUAACUUAUUGGAUUCAAAUAAGCAUAACAUUUCAUAUGAAGAAAGAGGCAGAUUACAGAGUGGUCUUGAUAAAAUGAAGGGUAGCAUAUGUGAUUUGUGGAUAAAAAAUUCAUGAUCCAAUUAAUCUUCAAAGAGUCUGCAAGGGUGUCAGUGUGAGUAUUUACCUUGAAAAAAAAGGAAAAAAAUGCAUAGAUUAGCAAUUUUGUAAUUCUAAAUUUUCUAGUUAAAUCUAUUUUUCUCAUGUUUCCUGUUCAAACUCUUGUGUAAUUUUAUGCUUUUGGUGUUUGAUGUAUGAGCUAUAUUAUUUGAGUCAAGUAUGUCGGUUUCUAGGAAGCAAUUGAUUGAAUAUUUAGAAGAUUUAUCAAUAUUUUAAGUCACA